AUGUUUAGAGGCACAGUAAGAAAAACUAUUCCAUUAUUUGCAUUUGCAGUAGGUGCAGCCGCAUUCCCCAAAGAUUGGAGAAAAGGCCAAUUUUCAACUGAUCGCAAGCUCAAUCAUAUCAAUGAUUCUGUCAUCCAUCAAAUUGAAGCUACUGAUGAAUACAAGAAACUAGUAUCCAACUCCAAUAUCAGACAUUAUACUUCGAGCAAAUCUUUUCCUGAGCAACACCGUAACAACUAUAUCAACACGGGGAUUUUGUUUGGACCAGAUUUAAUGGAAAUUGAUCCACUUGUAUUUGUCAAUGAGACUACAGGAGAAUUGACCAGCUUUUAUCAUUUAGGAGAUAAAUUGAUAAGUCAAGAUGGCCAAAUACACAAUGGUAUUAUUUCAACUAUUUUGGAUGAAGGAUUAUGCUCUGCUGGAUUUAGUAAACUACCUUCAAAAAGAGGCGUCACUGCCAGUUUACUGAUUGAUUUCAAAAAUCAAGCACCACCACAGAGUACAGUUGUAUUACAUUCAAAAGUGAAAGAAGCAAAGGGAAGAAAAGUUGUUAUUGAGGGUUAUUUGGAAACGUUGGUCGAUAAAGGAGAGCCAUUGUUGGUUGCCAAAGCAAAUUGUGUACUUGUUGAACCCCGAUGGUUCAAGUAUUUCUCAUGGUUGCAAAUCUGA